AUGACGCCUUUCCAAGCCGCUAUAUUCGGUGGACACAUUGACGUUGUGAAGCUUUUACUGCUUCGACAAGACGUCCAUGUUAAUCGGCCCCUCAAAUUCUUAGCAACGAGCCCAUGUCAGUUAGCAGCGCGGCGUGGGCAUGCUCGGACAUUGGAUGUGCUGCUUGGAGAUCGCAGGACUGAUCGAAAGAAUGCAAAGAACAGCCGAGAGUCGCUGCUAUUCGAAGCGGUCAUGGAAAUACGUUGGCUAUUAGUUGAUAUUUUGCUCGAUUACGAUGAGGCUUCUCCACAUGUUACGCAACGCAACCUCUACACCAGGACGAAGGCUGCAGUGAACCGUAUCGAUACUCUAGAAAGACUCCUAGUCGACACAGCAUUCCGCGAACACCAGACAAAAAACAAAGGAGCAAAUCUCUGGCACCAAGCUGCCCUAUAUAACGACUUGGAGCUUGCGAUGCUUCUACUUGAGCAUGCCCAAAGGAAUGGAAGAGUUGAUCAUCCCAUUGUGGAUGUCAAUCGUAAAACCGGUGACGGCCAGACACCGCUACACGUUGCUGUUGAUUUCAGAAGGAUUGGUGUCGUAGAGCUCCUACUUCACCACAAGGAUAUCGAUAUCGACAUCAUUUCACAAAGAAGGACCCAUGAGCCUGGUCAGUCUGUCGUACAGAUGGCUAUAACUAACCUCAAGCAAUCGUACUACUGGAGUAAGGAAGAGUACGCUUACAUAGUAGAUCUUCUGCUAGCCCAUAGUGCUCAGAACGUGUCGCAAGAGCGAGGAGAUCAUAUGAGCAAUCUCAUUCUCUCACCCUUACUCGAACAAGCAGGCAACCCAAAGAAUCUUGUUCUGCCACCCUUAUUCGGACAUAGGAAACACCAAGAAUAUCACUCAGCUGGACAAAAUGGGGAUCUGAGCCAGAAAACCCAUGCGUCAUGGGCUUCAGUCGUUGGGUUUCAGGGAAAUGGCGCUGAGUCUGGAGAGACGAACAGCAAAGACGAGAAUAUGGUGGGCGACAUUGUCCCGAUGGAUUUGGACGAUUCCAUGGAAGAAGAUCCUGACGCGAUUUUUAAGGAGCUGAUGCACUUCGAUGAGGAGGAGAUGUCCGACUACAACGGCUUGGGGAUGCUGGACCAAGGUACUUUUCAUGAGUCACUAAGCGAAUUUACUUCUUUCUCAGAAGAACGCAACAUGUAG